AUGCCAAUCAUGAACGGUCCCGCGCCUCCUGCGCCGUUGCCUCGCGACUCGGGUGUCCCUGGCAAUAAACAAAAGAAACUCGCAUCCAGCAACGCAGAGUCCCAGAUCCCUGCAGAUCCCAAUCUGACAAACCCAAGAUUACUGCUCAACGGAGCCUGUAUCUACGAGCGUCGAUUACCCGGCGACGCAUACAUCACAGCGCAUGUCCAGCGACUGCAGCAUGGAUUCUACUCCAGCCCUGCCGUUUCCGACAAGGACUAUGACCACGUAGACUUCCUGGGGAUCAACUUUGUCUUCCAUUCACCCAACACUUUGGCGCAUCGAUUCAAGGCGGCAACGAUUCGAGCCUCUGUGCAGGGCACCCGUCAAGUCGCUUCGUCGGACCACUACCCGAACGGCUACCCGCCGGGAAACCCACGCUUCCUCAUGCACGCACCACAUCUGAUCUACGGCACCGUAUCGCCAGAGACACUGCAGUGGAAUUACAGCCUGUCCGGAUCACUGGGAGUCGUCGACUUGCCGCUGAUGGCCAGCCUGUCCCCCACCGGUGGUAUCAAUGGCCGAUACAGACGCUAUGAGAUGAUGAGAAUCCAGGGAUCAGUACGAACGCUGAAGAGCUCACGAGGGCGGAACUUCGACAUUGAAGCAGGGGAGAUUGUCUGGUCGCUGGAGGAGAACAGUUUGCAGAGAUCGGGCCUGCCGCGGGAGUUCACGUUUGCCAUGUUGAUCCAGAAACCGCGCGCAGACAGCCGCAUUGUUUUCUCCCUGGACAUCGAGCCGACCCUGCAAUCGUGGUACGGCAGCUACCCGGACUGGUGGUUGUCUUUGCCCAAGUAUCAGCCCGUGAGUCGGCGGCCUGUGGACUUCAGAUCAGAGGUUGGACAGCGCUUUGAGCCCGUUGCAUCCAAGAAAGGAUUCAAUUUCGCGACUCUCGAAAGCUCCUUUGAUGACUAUGUGAACAUGCCGGGGAAGAGAUUCGUAUCCGUUAUUUCCCCCGACGGAGGAAUGCUACAAGACGACAACGACGCCCAUCAAGACCUCGACCAUAAUUGCACUAUAGUCGAGCCGAUCCGGGGGCCGGCAAGAUUCGCAUACACCAACACCAACACCGCCGCCGCAGCAACAACAACAACACCAGCCCCGAGCGAGACGGCCCCCACCACACACCCCAGAACCCGAAUCUCGGACCCGAGGACCUUGAACGUCCACCUCCUGGUGGACAACCAGAUGGCCUCGCACCUGUCAAGUCCGCGCGGAAGCCGUCCCACCACCAAAUCCACCACCCAUAGUGACAAUCACCAUGGCAGUGGCGUUGCGCCGGACGACCCUCCGCAGGACAAGGUCAAGAGAAGGGUUGAAUUUGGAUCAUCAUCCGGAACUGCGCUCCCAAAUACCUGA